AUGGGGCCCACACCACGUCACUGUGGGGCCCACACCAUUUCAUCAUGUGACCCACACCACGUCACCGUGGGGCCCACACCACGUCACCGUGGGGCCCACACCAUUUCAUCAUGUGACCCACACCACGUCACCGUGGGGCCCACACCACGUCAUCAUGUGACCCACACCACGUCACCGUGGGGCCCACACCACGUCACCGUGCGGCCCACACCACGUCAUCAUGUGACCCACACCACGUCACCGUGGGGCCCACACCACGUCACCGUGGGGCCCACACCACGUCAUCAUGUGACCCACACCACGUCACCAUGGGGCCCACACCACGUCACUGUGGGGCCCACACCACGUCAUCAUGUGACCCACACCACGUCACCGUGGGGCCCACACCAUUUCAUCAUGUGA